AUGUUUCGCCCUUGGAACUAUCACCCCCAGGAGAACUCACCCUGGGCGGGUUUUAACAACAUACAAACAGGAAACAGAGUCAACAUCAACACCUUCAACGCCUUCCCCCGCCAAAACGGCCCCGUUUUCAACCCCGGGCUGCGCCUCUUUGACUUUGCAAAUCUCUUUAAUCUCACAAACAACUUCGGCAAUGAAACCUUCCAGAACGACGGCCGUCUCCGUAACCGCGUAACCGUGAUCCUCCCCGAUGGUUCUCACGUCAUGAUCGACCGCAACAUGAUGCACGAGCACUUCCCGCGAACCCGCAAUGCCGUACAAGAUUCCUUCUUCGCCGUGCCCGAGUUCUUGAGGGGGUAUAACCCCGGCUUUGCUGCCAACGCAGGUUUCAACCCACAUAACUUCCACGAGGCUUUCUCUCGGGCUGCGGGAUUCGUCUUCCGAUACAUUGAGAUGCUGUGCAGGCCUCCUCCAUUUGGCGUUGCCCAGAGCCCUGACCUCUUCGCCCGCCCACGAUUCCUACUCGCCAACAUAAGAGAUAGAGUCGGUACAAUCCACGAGAUCUUUUGGCAUGUGCUGCUGCUCUGUUGCGUGCUAGACCAGGACCGCGCGUUGGGCUGCUCGGAAAUGUUUGCGCGGUCCAUUGGAGAGUUCCUGGUGGAGUUUAUGCCCCGCGUCGAGACUUACAUGCCGCCUGGUGCUGCGCAGCUCUUGUUCGUUGGGUAUGCGAGGAUAUUUCGGGAGACAAGAUUCGAGAUGGAGGUGCUGAGGGAGCUGUGGGAAAUGAUGGACGAUGUGGAUCAGGUAUACCUCAGAAAUAUGAUCGGGCCGCAGUUGGCAGGUAAUGGGAUGGGGAACAAUGCGCACCGCAUAUGGACAGCCCUGAGGCAUUUGGGGCUUGUCUAG